AUGUAUCGUGUUCCUGAACGCUCAUACGACACGUCAUUGAUACUUUCAGAUGUUCUUGACGAAAUUGGAGUGAACGAAAAUGUGGUUUUGAAAACAAGGCGACAAGGUCUGAUAUGUGAAUCUUUAAGAACAAUAACAUACCGACUAAAAGGGGAUAAUAUGACAAUGUAUUGCUUUGGCAGUCAAACUGAGGGCAGUACAACGAUAGGAAUCGAUUCAGACGCCGAUCAUCUUCUAUGUAUAGAAAACUUCAAAGUCAUAACUGACGCAAAGGACUGGACACCUGGUUUCAACCUUUUGAUGAUACAAGACCGCAGUACCUCACCUGGGUAUUGCCUUUUACAAAUAAUGGAUAUGAAUAAACCUUUACUUUUAAACAAUGAGAGGAUUGGAAGACUGUUGUUCAAAAAUAACUUUAUGGAAAUGGCUUUACUUGAAGAUAGGACACGACAGGGACCGUCAAUAGCGAUCCCGGGCCAGCUUGGUUUCUGUGAUCAAGAUUAUGUCUAUGCGUUGCGAUGUAAAUCGUGGCCUAAAGAAGCACGGAAGUGGCUAAGUGAAAAAGGGGCGGGAAAAUGGCCUACAGAAGAAGUGAAAUCUUUUGCUGUGGACAAUGGGUGUUUUCUUGUUCCAGUAUGCAGCAAGAGAAGUGCAUAUAAAGAUUCUGAAUGGAGAAUAUCAACCUCUCAAGCAGAAAGAGCUUUAAUGUUUAGUUUAAAUAUCACGCAGUUAAGAUGCUAUGUAUUGAUGAAAAUGAUCCUUAAAACCUUCAUCAAUCCUAAAUUUGGCGGAGCAAUUACUAGCUAUAUAUGCAAAACAGUUGUGUUCCAUUGCAUAAAAAACGCAGAUCCGCAUAUAUGGCAAAAACACAGGCUAGUGACAUGUUUAACGCUUUGCCUUUCAGUUUUACAGUACUGUAUAAUUACUGAAAAUUGUCCGCACUUCAUAAUCAAUGAAAACAACCUGAUACUUGAUAGAAUUUCAAAGGAAGUGAAACAUAAGCUACUUGAUAUGUUUCGAAUAAUGAUCCUCAGUAACGGAUAUUUCUUGACGGAUAUAAAACAGGAUGAUUUGGGUUUUCGCUUUCUGAACAAAAUGGAGGAAAAUCCGAUGAAAGCUGAAUUGUUGCUCUCUGAUUCCAGCCAAGAACAAGUUAUUGCAGGUAAGCUACUGCGCAUAACCGCUCAAAUCUUAACAGACUUUCAUGAAAAUCUUUUAUCCGGUUUAAGAAACACCAGCCCAAACAAUGCAAUACGUUUAACACGUUCAUAUAUCAAAACUUUGUAUUACUGGUGUAGAACUAACAACAGGACAGAGCGAACAGGAUGCAUGCUUAUGAUAACAAGCCUUUGCUCAACAUUGGGUGCAAUGUUAGCGUCUAGAGAUAACUUUAGCCAAGCUUGUUUAUCUGAUGUAGCCAUUAAAUGGUUGUCAGCAGGAUUACAUUCGGACGUUUCAUCUGGUAGGUUGAAAUUGGCAUCGGCUUAUUACUGUGCUGGUGACAUUCCUAAAACAAAUCAAGUUCUUGAUGACGUUUGGAGAAGGUAUGAUCGUAACGUCGUUGAACCUGUAUGUGCCUGCUACAACUGUAAAAGGACACCGGAACGUAGGGGAUAUAGAGUUUUCGCUCAAUGUCAUGAUGAAGACGCCUUAAAACAUGUGUUAGCUUUUUGCGUCAUGUUUUCACGUCAUGAGAUUAACAGUGUUCCUAAAGAGCUGCAAUACGAAAUGUUCAGAACUACAAUGUACGAGUAUUCACAACGAAACGUGAAUAAUUCUUGGAUGGAUAUGGCCGUUAUAGAUUCAUAUAUAUACCUCCUAUUCCUGCGAUACAAGACAAAUCGCAGAUUAGGAGUUGAUACUGAGAAAGAUGCAUUAUCAGAUUUUAUUAAAGGCGCAGUCAAGGAGCCCAACCUUAGACACAAAGAAACAGCUAUGAACAUAAUAGGGCAGUGCUUUGAAAAGAAUGGGCAAGUUAACGCAGCUUUGACAUGUUACAUGAAAUCACUAAGUAUGCGCCCAGCCAUUAACGCUGCUAAAGUCCUUAUCUGCAGACUGCUUUCGAAUAUUAUAAAUAACUGAAUAACUUAACUGCGACAAAGAGAGGUAAAGAAGUGGCAUUUCAACAGAUUUGAAAGACAUGAUUUAUAUGUACUGCAACUUCAACGAUAGACGUUUUUAGGCUGGCGAUAUUCGCCAGACUAUUAUAACCAUAUGUCGAGUUUCCACAAAGUUGAACAGGUGCUGAGACUGACAACACAAAAUAUAAUUUCAUGCGCAAUUCAUAUAGUCCGCCACGUUUAUCAGUUUUGCCAUAGAGUUGUAUAAAGAUUGUUAAACUUACCUGUUUCAAUAGAUCUAUUUGUUCAAAAAUGUUAUAAUAAUGUUUUAUUUUUCUAACGGUAAAUACUUGAAAGAUAACAUUAGAAAAUAUUACAUAAUGAUGGUAAAUUAAUUCGCCUCUAUGAAUGAAAUGUCCGUAUGAAUGGAACUUUUUCGUAACUCAACACUGUUGACCGCUUCGUUAUAGAUUAUGACCCCUGUCUAUAAAUGCUAAUCAAACAAACGCUGGUUUCGAGAAACAAUUGUCGAAAUGAGUUAUACUGCGCAUUAUUCGACGACCUGACAAGAAAUAUGAAAUAUCAAUUAAAAAGAACUUAUAGUGAUAUGAGUUUUGUCAGGU